CUUGAGACUGUGUGCUCUAAAUAUAACAAGACUGUAGUGGUUGAGGUUGAUUAUAGUUGCUUGUUCCGUUUUAUUUCGAGAAUGAUAUUAACUCAAUGUCCUAUUUGGUUCAAUCUCCAUUUAUCAAUUUCAAUGGUGGGAAUUUGAAAAGUGGAUUGAAAUAAUGAAAUAGCUUUGAUGAUUAUAACCAUGAAUACCUGUGUAGAAGAGUUUGGUAUAAAUAUCUUUGAUUAUUCUCUUAAUUAUUUGAAUUUUUUGUUGUUGUUUUUCUUCAUUUUAUUCUCUUAUACAGUAUCAAUCAAAUUACUUAUUUAAAAUGCUUUCAAUUUAUUCAAACCAAUUGAUGGCCAAUCAAUUGCCAUUGAUUCUCAAAACAGUUUCAAUCAGCUCAUUGAAAUCGAUAAACCAUUUGCCCAUUCGAUUAUCGAAAUACGAUGUUUCUGGUAAAAGAUUCACAACUAUUAUUGCUGAACCACAAGCUAGUUUCAAAGGCACGUCUAAAGAUUGUAUUAAACACGAUUCAGUUCACUCAUUAAACAGUCAAAACCCGGAUGUUUUAGUUAAUCAAAAUGAAGAAAUAUUAACUCCUCCUGCUUUCGACCAUCCCGCUUUCACUAAACAGCAAAUGGAGUCAAUCACAUUUGAACAUCGACCAGCAAAGACAAUUCGUGAUAAAAUAGCUUUAUUAGGUAUUAAGACUCUUCGAACUGGAUUUGAUAUUGUCACAGGGUAUAAGCAUCCUAAAAAUAAAGAAGAACAAUUAAACCCAGGCAUAUUUGCGAUGACACCUGAAAAAUGGUUGACUAGAUUUAUCUUUUUAGAGAGUAUAGCAGGAAUUCCAGGUAUGGUUGCAGGUUUUUUAAGACAUUUGCAUUCAUUGAGAUUAUUGAAAAGAGACAAGGCGUGGGUUGAAACAUUGUUGGACGAAGCGUAUAAUGAAAGAAUGCAUUUGUUAACAUUUAUUAAAAUUGGGAAACCGGGGUUGAUUACUAGAAGCAUUCUUUACGUUGGACAGGGAGUAUUUUGCAAUAUCUUCUUUUUAUGUUAUUUGUUUUCUCCAUUGACAUGUCAUAGAUUUGUUGGGUAUUUGGAGGAAGAAGCAGUGGCCACAUACAGUAGGUGCAUUGAAGAUAUUGACUAUGGAUUGUUGAAAGAUUUUGAGAAUUAUAAAGUUCCUGAGAUUGCAAAGAGUUAUUGGCAUAUGGGAGAGAAUCCAACCAUGAGAGAUUUAAUAUUAUAUAUUAGAGCAGAUGAAGCCAAACAUAGAGAGGUGAAUCAUACAUUGGCUAAUUUGAAGAUUCAAACAGGAAAAGAUAGAAAUCCCUUUGCAUUAAAAGUGAAAUGUGAUAGACCUCAGCCAAGUCAUAAUUUGGAGACCCAUAAGGGUAAAGGGUGGGAAAGAGAUGAAAUAGUCUUAUAAAAUUGAUUAUUAAUACUAACAUUAAUUUUUGUUAUUUUGUUUAUUUGUUUUAUAAAAUUUUAUGAUUUUGAUGAUUAUACAUAGCUAGUUUUUUUAAAAAAAAUUAAUUCAUUCAUACAUUAGUACAUACAUAUAUAGGUACAUCUUUAUAAAAAUUUCUUUUUUAUUAUUAUUAUUAUUAUUAUUAUAUAUUCAAUAUAUAUUGAAUAAUAUAUAGAGUUAUAUAUAUAUAUCUUUAAUUGAUAAUUGAU